CCACCGGCGUAGCCGAUGUCGCGAAUGCUACCAUAUUUUUCUCGUUUAUUUUCAUUGCAUUUGAAAUUGUAUUUUGAAAGUGUUUCCUUUCCUUCCACCUCUCCUUGUUAUUUCGAUACCUCUUGUUAGUAAGAAGCUCCUCCUUUUUAAUAGUGCUAUCUAAAUCUUCGUGAUUCAAACGAAUGUAAUCUUACACGUCAAACUUUGCAUGCUUAUGAUUCACACGUUUUUAGUAAUAUCUUGAAAAUUUACAACACAUAAUUGUUAACCGUCUUCGAAUCAAUAUUUUUUUAUACGUAUAUUAUACCUUUCUUUUUCUUCCCUUUCACUUUUUCAAUAUUUAAUAUUUACGCAACUCUGUUUACACGCUUACACAACAUCGAUGUGAACUUGUCACGGAUGUUAUAUUCUUGCAUCUAACCUUUCUUGCUAGACAAGAGCGUUACGUUACAAUGGAGAGAUAAACGUCACUCGUUUGUAGAGUACCUACAUGUAUUGUGUCAGUUAUUACGUACGGAAACCUUAAUUAAGUGACAAAACGAACCGAUCUGUAACUACAAUAUGGGGAAAGGAUUUAAUAAUUACAUGUGUAAAAAGUUUUUUCACCCAGCUUCUCGAGACAAUUUGAAACGAGUAUGGAUGGCAGAACAGCAAGCUGAAGCUUAUAAGAAGAAACAAGAAGAAUUACGUGUUCAGUAUGAAAAAGAACAGGAUUUACAUAAUAACAAAGCUUUAUUGAGUAAGGAAAGCAAAGAUAAACUUAGCGUAAAUUUCAUGUAUGAGCCCCCACCCGGUGCAAAAAAGGAAAGGGAGAAAGAAGAUAACGAACCAGAGUACAAAUUUGAGUGGCAACGCAAGUACAAUGCUCCUAGAGAAAGUUAUUGUAAAGGGGAUAGUGAAAUUAGAGAUCAACCAUUUGGGAUUCAAGUACGUAAUGUACGUUGUAUAAAAUGUCAUAAAUGGGGACACAUAAAUACAGACAAGGAAUGCCCUUUGUAUAGUCAAGCUAUGAGUGUAGUGAUGGCAAAUAAUUCUCAAACACCAUCUGCUCCAGAUGCUCUCACUUUAGUACAACAGAUGAGAGAAGAUGGCUUGGCUCUAAAAAAGUCGGCGCUAAACGCACAGCAACAUUUACGAGUUCCUGAACACGAGCAUCUUAUGGUUUCGGACGACGAAGAGCAAUCGGAAAUAAAAUUUUUGAAAACUUUAUCGAAAAAGGAAAAGAAAAAAUUGUUGAAAAAACUUCAACAACUUGAGAAGAAGACCAAGAAAAAUAAAAAGAAGAAUCAGGCAAAAAGGAAAGAAACCAAACGCAGAGACAGUAACAGUGAUACCGACAGCAACAGUAACAGCAGCGUUACAAGUAGCAGUAGCGAUAACACUGUUAGCAGUAACAGUAGGAGAAACAGUAGCGACAGUAGUAAUAGUAAUAGUCUGGACGUUAAUAGCGUGGACAGUAAUAAUUAUAAUAUGAAUACCUUUGAUGCUAAAGGUUCUAGUGUUCAUUCGUUAAAAGGAUCUAAAAGAACGCGAAAACAUAAACAUAAAUCCAAUUCCAAAGUAUCGCGCGAUGAAAGUGCGAGUCAUUAUCGAAGAAAGGAAAAGUAUAAGAAAGAAAAGGAUAAGGCAGAUGACCGAAAGAGAUACAAUAAAAUUGAAUAUAAGAAAGAAGAAAAUCAUAAGAAAUUACAUGAAUAUAAUGAAAGGAAAAGUAAAAAUGGAGACUCUGAUAUUCGUAAAAAAAGAAAAGUCGAAGAAUAUAACGAAGAGAGAGGUAAUGAAAGGCGAGAUAAAAAACGAAUCAAACGAUCUUAAGAAUAAUUAUCUUUCUUUGUAUAUUUAAUGUAUACAAUAAAUUUUUAUUAAAAGUAACAUAUAUAUGUA